ACAGCGGCGAAAGGCGGGGCUAUGUGCAAGCUAGGCUGCUCUCGCAGGCUGCCUGGGCUAAACUUCACCAAAUAAUAGCUGUUUGUAUUUUGGCUGCUGCAGUAGCCAUUUUAGGUAGUGAAUGAACAGUUCUCAAGUGGCUGUUUUUCAAGGAUGACUUCGGAAACUGCAGUCAGCUAUGUCAAGACUUUUCUUGGUAAAUUAAGAAAUACAAAAGAGUACAGCUAAUGAAAAUACUGAAGAAAGAAAAGCAGAUGUCUGCCUCGACUGUAUUAAAGCACACUCCAUCAACAGUUGCCUCAGCUGUCAUUGACCAAAAUGCACAGUCACUAUUUACAAGAAAGCAGUCAGAUCUGCAUGAUCAAGUAAGGGCCACUGAACUUUCCAGUUAUUUCACAUCUUCAACAAGGCACGAUUGCACAGGUGAGCAAAUGGAAAGUGUAAACUUAAACUUAACAAAACCUGCAAAUGGUGUUGAGGAUGAUGGCGGAGGCUGUCGAGUAAAAAAAAAGCGUAAGAAAAAAGAAAGGAAUGAACCUGGUAGUGCAGCAAAUGGAGCAACCAUAAAAGAAAUUAAACCAAAGAAGAAGAGAGAACCUAAGGAAAGCAAAGAACCCAGAAGGCCCAAGGAGCCAAAAAAGUCCAAGGAACUCAAACAACAAAAAGAUCCGAAGAAACCAAGAAAGCCUCGGGAGGCCAAGCUAUCCAAGGAAAAGUCAAUGACUGGUUUGAACCAGAAACACAAAAGUCGAAAGAACAGUAAAGAACAAGGCCCAACACCAGUGGAGAAAAAGAAGAAAGGAAAAAGGAAAAAUGAGAACUCUCUGGACAAUUUAGAAUCUGAUGAAGGACUCUCCCUGACUACAAAUAUCCCCAGUACAGAAGAUACAAAUGACUCUGUGGAUGGACAGAAGAGGCGAUCAGGCAGACAAGUGAAACGCAGGAAAUAUAAUGAGGACCUGGACUUCAAAGUGGUCGAUGAUGAUGGUGAGACAAUUGCUGUGCUUGGUACAGGAAGGUUGCCAGCGCUUUCAACAUCCACACUAGCUUGGCAAGCAGAGGAACCCCCAGAAGAUGAAGCUAACAUAAUUGAGAAGAUCCUUUCUGUUCGUAUUGUAAAAAAAGAGACGUCACCCAUUGAGCUGCUGAAUGAGACUGAAGAGUUUUAUGUGAAGUACAGAAACUUCUCUUACCUUCACUGUAAAUGGGCAACUCUUCAAGAACUUGAGAAGGAUCCAAGAAUACAUCAGAAGAUCAAACGCUUCAGAAAUAAGCAAGCACAAAUGAAACACAUAUUUACCGAGCCGGAUGAAGAUCUGUUUAAUCCUGACUACAUUGAAGUGGACCGGGUUUUAGAAGUAGCCCACACAAAGGACACAGAGACUGGUGAGGAAGUUACACAUUAUUUGGUGAAGUGGUGCUCCCUGUCCUAUGAAGAAAGCACUUGGGAGCUGCAGGAAGAUGUAGAUCCAGGAAAGAUUAAAGAAUUUGAGGACAUCAAAAAGAUUCCAGAAAAUAAGCAUGCGGAUCGUCCAGCUUCAGAUGCUUGGCAAAAGUUAGAAAAGUCACGAGAUUAUAAGAAUGGGAAUGAACUGCGAGAAUAUCAACUGGAAGGGAUGAACUGGCUUUUGUUCAAUUGGUAUAAUAGAAAAAACUGUAUCCUGGCUGAUGAAAUGGGGUUGGGAAAAACAAUCCAGUCCAUUACAUUUCUGUUUGAGAUUUUUCUGAUGGGACUUCGGGGACCAUUUCUUAUUAUUGCUCCUCUGUCUACCAUUACAAAUUGGGAGCGCGAGUUCCGCACUUGGACAGAUAUGAAUGUUAUUGUUUACCAUGGAAGCCAAAUCAGCAGGCAGAUGAUCCAGCAGUAUGAAAUGUUUUAUAAGGAUGAACAGGGGCUCACUUUGCCAGGCAUUUUCAAGUUUCAUGCAAUUAUCACAACGUUUGAGAUGAUUCUCGCGGACUGUCCUGAACUUAAGAAAAUCCAGUGGCGCUGUGUGGUUAUUGAUGAGGCUCACCGUCUCAAGAACCGAAACUGCAAGCUGUUAGAGGGAUUGAAACUCAUGAAUUUGGAACACAAAGUAUUACUUACUGGAACCCCUUUGCAGAACUCUGUGGAGGAGCUUUUUAGCCUUUUAAACUUCCUAGAACCCAAUCAGUUUUCUUCAGAAAACACCUUUCUUGAGGAAUUUGGAGAUCUAAAAACAGAGGAGCAGGUAAAAAAGCUUCAAGCUAUUCUUAAGCCCAUGAUGCUAAGAAGGCUAAAAGAUGAUGUGGAGAAGAAUCUUGCGCCUAAAGAAGAGACCAUCAUUGAGGUUGAGCUGACCAACAUUCAAAAGAAGUACUACAGGGCGAUACUGGAAAAGAACUUUACCUUUCUGGCAAAGGGAGCCAAUCAGCACAAUAUGCCCAACCUCAUUAACACAAUGAUGGAGCUGAGAAAGUGCUGUAACCACCCAUACUUGAUCACUGGUGCUGAGGAGAAAAUUUUAGAGGAUUUCCGAAAAAAACACAACCCAGAGGCCUGGGAUUUUCAACUACAAGCAAUGAUCCAGGCUGCUGGCAAACUGGUUUUGAUAGAUAAACUUCUUCCCAAGUUAAUAGCCGGAGGACACAAGGUGCUCGUCUUCUCUCAGAUGGUACGCUGUCUAGAUAUCUUGGAGGACUACCUCAUUCAAAGAAGGUAUACUUAUGAGCGAAUUGAUGGAAGAGUUCGAGGAAACCUGCGGCAAGCUGCAAUUGACCGGUUUUGUAAAGCAGACUCAGAUCGGUUUGUGUUCCUGCUGUGCACUAGAGCUGGAGGCCUGGGUAUUAACUUAACUGCUGCUGAUACUUGUAUCAUUUUUGAUUCAGACUGGAACCCACAAAAUGAUCUGCAGGCUCAGGCUCGCUGUCACAGAAUAGGUCAGAGUAAAGCAGUAAAGGUUUAUCGUUUGAUCACACGUAACUCCUAUGAGAGAGAGAUGUUCGACAAGGCCAGUCUAAAGCUGGGUCUGGAUAAAGCUGUACUGCAGGACAUUAACAGGAAAGGCAGCACUAAUGGGGUUCAACAGCUUUCUAAGAAGGAAGUAGAAGAUCUUUUACGGAAAGGGGCAUAUGGAGCACUUAUGGAUGAGGAAGAUGAGGGUUCCAAGUUCUGUGAGGAAGAUAUUGACCAAAUCUUGCAACGCAGGACGCAAACAAUUACCAUUCAGUCAGAAGGGAAAGGUUCUACUUUUGCCAAGGCAAGCUUUGUAUCUUCUGGAAACAGAACAGACAUAUCUUUGGAUGAUCCUAAUUUCUGGCAGAAGUGGGCAAAAAUUGCAGAACUGGAGAUUGAAUCUAUUGAUGAAAAGGAGAGUUUAGUGAUUGACACACCUCGUGUAAGGAAGCAAACUAGACAUUAUAACUCAUUUGAGGAUGAUGAGUUGAUGGAGUUCUCAGAGCUGGAUAGUGACUCUGAAGACAGGCCUUGUCGUACCCGGCGUCUUAAUGAAAGGAACCGACGCUACAUGCGAGCAGAGUGCUUCAGGGUGGAGAAGAAUUUGCUCAUAUUUGGCUGGGGCCGCUGGAAGGACAUCCUUACACAUGGCAGAUUUAAGUGGCACUUGGCAGAGAAAGACAUGGAAGUAAUAUGUAGAGCACUUCUAGUAUAUUGCGUGAAGCAUUAUAAAGGAGAUGAGAAAAUUCGAAGUUUCAUCUGGGAUCUUAUUACACCUACUAAGGAUGGCCAGAACCAAGCUUUGCAGAACCAUUCAGGUCUGUCUGCGCCAGUUCCACGAGGGCGUAAAGGAAAAAAGAUGAAGAACCAGAUGUCACUUCCUGAGAUAAAGAAUGCUGACUGGUUAGCAAACUGCAAUCCUGAGACUGUACUCUGUGAUGAUAGCUACAAGAAACAUCUGAAGCAGCACUGUAACAAGGUUUUACUUAGAGUCAGAAUGCUGUAUUACUUGAAGUCAGAAAUACUUGGGGAGGCAGCAGACAAAGCAUUAGAAGACAUUUCUGCAAGUAAACUAGAUGUCGUUCUCCCAGAUAUUGACUACAUGGAGAUUCCAGCACACUGGUGGGAUGCAGGCGCUGACAAGUCGUUAUUAAUUGGUGUCCACAAACAUGGUUAUGAGAGGUACAAUGCCAUGAGAGCAGACACUAAACUUUGUUUUCUGGAGAAAGUUGGCAUGCCAGAUGAGAAGGCCCUGUCAGCAGAGCAAGGAGGCUCAGAGGGAGUUGCAGACAUGGAACGUGAACCUUGUAAAGAAGAGGACCUAGAAAGCAAGCCUGACAUUGGUUGUGAAAAAGGUAUCAAGGAAGAAGACACUUCGGUCUUCAGCGAAUCUUCAGACAAAGCAAACUGUGUUUCUACAGCCUUGGAAAUCUCAGAUCAGGACAGACUUAUCUGGCCAGCUGGCUCAGCACUGACUGCACGCCUACGACGCCUCAUCACUGCUUAUCAGAGGUUUAAUCGAAAGGAGAUUAUUCGCCCUGAAUUUCUGGUGCCAGACAGCCAUGGAUGCUGGCACUUAGCAGAGGAGAUAAGGAGAAGGGUGGUGGAGCCAGAUUCUCUCUUCAUGGAAAUACAAAACAGGUGGACAAGGAGGGAGCAGGCAGACUUCUACCGAACAGUGUCUUCCUUUGGAGUAAUAUAUGACCCAGACAAGAAGACAUUUGACUGGAAGCAGUUCCGGUCUUUCGCUCGUUUAGAAAGGAAAACUGACCAGAGUCUGGAGAGAUAUUUCCAUAGCUUUGUGGCUAUGUGCCGGAAUUCCUGUCAUCUUCCAUCAAAGAAAGAAGAAGGCUCACUUGACCAGACAGUUUUCGUGGAGCCUAUAACAGAGGAACGUGCUGCUAGAACACUAUAUCGUAUUGAGCUGCUGCGGAAGGUUCGGGAGCAGGUGCUGAGACACCCUCAGCUGGGUGAGCGUCUUAAAUUGUGCCAACCCAGUUUGUAUCUUCCAGUUUGGUGGGAGUGUGGCAAGCACGACCGAGACCUCCUCCUUGGUGUUGCCAGACAUGGUCUCAGUCGCACAGACUACUACAUCCUUAAUGACCCCCAGCUUUCCUUUUUGGAGGCACAUAGGAAUUAUGUCCAGAAGGAGAAUAAGUGUCAGUCUGGGGCUACAACCCAUUGCUGCCUGUAUAAAGCCAGUAUUAGUCAGCAAGGAUCUCUGGUAGACUAUCCGUGUGGUCAUACCCUGAUGGAACCUACUGGGGUCAUUGAUGAUCCUUUAUUAGAUGUUGUGCAUACUCAUAAAGAUCCAUACAUGGAGUGCAGCUCCAUCGAUGACUCCAUGGACCUUGUUUCUCUUCAUCCAGAUGAGAGCUUAGGAGCAGUGGACACUUUGCACAAUAAAUCUGCAAAGGGUGCUACUAAUGGCUUCCCUUUCAAGACUGACACUGGUGGCCAGAACAUGUUAAAUACCUACAGCGUGCAGAAUGAUGUACAAGGUGAAAUGGAGUCAGUUGAGAGUAAACUACAGGCUUCUGCAGAUAGCAGUGAUCCAGCCCACUGUGACUCUGAUUUGAUGGGUGCUUCUGAGGACCUAGAUGAGUUUCAGAGCCAGUGGGAAAGUGGCCAGCAUUCUAGUGGCACUGAUAUGUUUAAUGAGUCUGAUGCUAUCUUAAGUGGACAGACCUUGGAAAGCGAAUUCUUGGACUCCACUCACCAGGAUGAGUCCAGAGUGGACAGCAGCUUGGCUGACUGCAUGAUGAUACCAAACCUGGGUUCACAGAGUAGCGCUGUGGAUAAUUUACAGACGAGUUUCAUGUUGUUUAAGGACCUUGCCAGUUCAGAUCAAAAUGGAGUCUUGAAUGAUGACCAUUGUGUAUCAGGAUGCCUGCCACAUGGUGUGGCUGAUACAGAAUUACAUAAUGACAGUGCAAGCAGUCCACAGGAGAAUGCUGGUGAUAGUGGGGAAAAGAUGAGUGAUUCAGAUGUUACUCAUAGUGUCCCAAGCCCAUGUGAUGGACCAGAGAGAGUAAACUUGGAUUUUGAAAAAGAAGAUAUUUCUCAAGAUGACCGCAGUAAUGCAGAAGUCACAGAGGAAUGCAUACAACAGACUGAGUACUGUACCUGUGAUGUUAGCAGCAAUCGAACUCAUCAGAGUCUCAAAAAUGAACCACUGUUGCUGCCACCUGCUCUAUUAGAUGGGGAGGCAGACAGUGACUCCAAGGACAAUAUAGCAGAGGAGAAAGUGCCAUAUUUAGAGGCAGGAAUGCAGAAAGAGAAACUUGUGCAUUUAUCACCUAAGCAAGAAAACCCAGAGGAGAUUGAUGGAGUGUUGAAGGAAGUCAAGGAGGCCAAAGGUCAGACUAAAGGGGAGGAAAACUGCGAAGAAGAGAAAUAUGGGAGCAGAUGUGUCCAAAGCAGUGCUGCUCAGGAAAUUCGAGAGCCCACUAUUGCACAGCUGCUACAGGAAAAAGCACUUUACUCCUUUUCAGAGUGGCCAAAGGAUAGAGUAAUAAUAAAUCGGAUUGAUAACAUCUGUCAAGCCAUCUUGAAAGGAAAAUGGCCAUCUUCUAGUCAGCAGUUUGACUCGCCUACCUUUGUUUCCACUCCGAGUUUGCAGAACAACAUCGCUCAGAGGAACACUUUCCUUCCUUCUCGGAUGCCAUCAAGCACAAAUCUCAGCUUUAAUAUUGGAGCAUCUGUUUCCCACCUGGCUAAGGAUGGAUUGAUGGGCAUUCCCUACUUGCGGGAUGUAAAACAAGCCAAACGGGGAUUUGAAUUUGAACCAGAAGUCACCUCCAAGUUAGGCAGGAUUGAAAAAAUUCCUAUUGCUAUUACUCAUGCCAAUGCACCAUUGGUUCUAAAUGGCUGGCAGGAGACAGCUAUAGACCUGUCAAAAGCUGGAGACCUUAAUGCAAGCCCUUCCCAAAUGCACCUCGGCAGUGGAGCAAAUAAAAUGGGUUCCAUCAGUGCACUCCAGAGCACACUUGGGAUGGACAUGGCUGGCAUCCUGCAAGCAGGGCUUAUUCACCCUGUAACUGGACAGAUUGUCAAUGGUAACCUGCGGCGGGAUGAUGCUGUCAUGAGGAGAAGGCGUGGGCGUCGGAAGAAUGUAGAAGGUGUGGACCUCCAGUUUUCUAAAAGCCAAAACUUUCAGGAGCAGAAUGGAGAUGGUGAUCAAAAGCAGGGUACAACUGGAAAUGUUCAACCAGAAAAGCAAAACUCCACUAGCCAUUCUCCUCAGGCUGAGAGAAGCACAGUUGACAGAGAUGUACCUAAUAAAAGCUUGUUGGAAUGGCUAAGGCAGAACCCAAACUAUAGUAUGGAGAUGCAUCCCUUCCCUCAUAAUGUUGGGAUUCUACAUGGAUUUGCAGAGCGGCCAAAACAGAGAAGACAUCGUUGCAAAGAUCCCAGCAAGUUAGACGUAAAAUCUUUGACUGGAGAAGAAAGAGUCCCUGUGGUUCAUAAAGGAACAGGAAGAAGGUUGGGAGGAGCAAUGGCCCCAGCAAUGAAAGAGCUCUCUCGGUGGCUUGAUGCAAACACUGAUUAUGCUGUGGCUCCAGACUGGGCAGAAAUUGUUCGGCACUCGGGUUUCUUACCAGAAGGGAAGUUCAACAGAAUUCUCACAGAGCCAGUGUCCAGGGACUUGGGUCCAAGGAGACGUGGUAGGCGUCCACGAAGCGAAAUAAUCAAAUCAGCUGGAAUCAUGGCAGAUUCUUCAUCUACAGUGGGUCCUUUAUUCAUGAAUGGACUCAUCAGUGGCAUGGAUUUGGUGAGCCUUCAGAACCUGAGGAACAUGCAGAGCAUUCCUCUGACUGGAGUUAUGGGGUUUCCUCAUAGCUUUGCUGCAGUUUCAGCAGGGGAGGAUCCCAAAAACAGUGUAAACAUGUUGCCUAUGAUGCUCCACAGUAUGGCAACUGUUCAGCCACACAUGUUUAGUGUUAGUGGACUGCUGAACCCAAUGGUGACAACAGCAGCAACCACUGUAACACCAACAGUAACCUCUACAUCGGAGAGCACAGCCAACAGUAGUGACUCCUCCAGCACAGAGACAGCAUUGACAGACAAGGAGAGACCAGAAGAGUCAAAAAAAGAAGAUAAGGCAUCUGAGGAAAUUUCAAACAGCUCUGGUACCAUCUCUGGGACAGGCAAUCACCCCGAAACCACAGUAACCACAACUGGCACUUUAGCAUUUAAUCCCUUUCUGAUCCCAGGAAUGUCCCAUGGACUGUUGUAUCCGCACAUGUUCCUUCCUCAUGGUAUCAGUAUGGCACUACCUGGGAUGCAGCCUGCAAGUCCCUCAGAUGGUUCCAACACAGAAAGCCCCAAGCGCAAAAAGAGGAAAGUCAAAGACGAGUGUGGGGCAGAGAUUACUGCCAGCACUGGACAUAAGGCUGAAAGUGCUACAUCACCUCAAAUAACUCUGGAAAAUCAGACUGAAGCCAGCACAAAGUCUGGUGAAUCAGAAUCCUCUUGUGGGUGUGAGCCAGAAAGAAAGCAGGAAGAAGAGGGGUGGGAUUUGCAUGAAGGGGAAGUGGGAAAUCAAAUUAAAGGUGAUGUGUUCCAUUAGACCACCUCUAGUACUUUACUACAAAGUUACCAGUUUGUGGUGUGUAGGUGAGAGAUAAUACAUGUAAAGUCUUUUAAUAUCACUUAUUAAUGUUUCUAGCUCUCCACAGUCCUUGAUUUGUGAUUGUACUAGCCCCACCCAUUUCAAGUUGGUUACAUAAAACAUAACACUAAAUGGUACUUAAGGGUAAAGCAUGCAUAGGCAUGCACCCCGACCCUUAAGACCCACCUGCUGUCUAGGGUUUGAAUGGAGUAGUAUUGAGUUAUCUAGCUGCAACACGCACACAUUGCAUCUUGGGUUUUUUGAUGGUAUAUGAACAUUGGUUGACAAAUCCAAGGUGGAAACAUUGGGAUGAAAGAAACUGUUUAUUCACCUCCACCUUUCCCAUUUUAAACUUAUUAAUACUGAUAAUGUUUUCCUUCUCAUUUGCAUACUUCACUGCUCAUGCUUUCUUGCCUUUUCCUGCUCAGUACAGACUUGUACAGUUUCCUUCACGCCAUUUAGUAUUAUGUUAAGGCAUUGCCAUUAUUUUUAUUACCCACUCUAUUAAGAACCUAAAAGUGGAAAAAGGUUGAAUCAAAUUAAAAAUCAUAAUGUCUGAUGUUUGUCAGCACGCCUCUGAAGAUUUUUGAGUUCUUAUUUUAAUCAGCACAUGAGGUAUUUUAAACAAGACGUACCUUUUUACACAUUUUUGAUUUAGUAGCCUUUAUUUUAAAAGAUUACAAACUCCAAAAAAAUCAAUUCUUGUCAGUGAUGGUCACUUUCUAAAUGAUCAUAUUUACUAUAGGUUAACCUACAGUGCUAGGUUAUAAUGAUAAUUUCAGUGCCAUAGUGGGAAUACGUUGGAUUACAGUAUCUUUUAUUACAGUGCAGGUGCACAUAAGCGCAGUUCAUGGUAGAGGAGAAGUUCAUGUGAAUGACAUGAAAAUAAAGAAAGAGUAGCCUAUUUGUUGGUGGGUACAGAAGAAAGGCCACAAAGUCAGGUUUAAUGUAUGUAUAACCUCCCCUAUUUUACAAUACUAGAGCAGUAGAGUUAAACAUAUAUGAAAAGUUUUAAAAUAUAUAUUUUCUUAAUGUUUCAAAAAGGCCUUGUCUUUUUUUUUUUUAUCUUCUACCUAAUGUUUAUGUUACACAUAUUAUUAUGCCUUGCCAGUACUUUAUGUUGUUUGUUUUUAAUAGUAUCUCACUAUAUAUAAAGGCUGGAAUUCUUUUUAUUAUCCAAAAAUCUAAUCCUUAUGUUACCUUACCACUGCCACAUUUUCAGUUUUACUUCCGCCAUUUAAAAAGGGUCUUUUAUUCUUACUCUUACAUAAAUACUUCUAUUUCCCCAUGUAUGUAUUCUUAAUAUGUAUUUCCUUUGUAUCAGUGCAGAUGACCUCAUCAUUGCAAUUAAGUGCCAGCUUGGUUCCCUUUUCUUUUCCUUUUUAUACUUACUGUUGUCAUUUUUUUGUGUUACUUGUCUGAAUAGGUAGAUUUUAAAUAAGAAUCAUCACAUGUAGUUUGGUUAUCUGGAGGUUCCAUCAUUCUGUGUUUUCCCAGGUGGAAAUUCACAGAUACUCACCUUUGUCUUGUUUAAUUAGAAAGUGUGAUAGAAUCCUUCAUGAAAAAAGCCUUAUUUCAUGUUUUUGCUUCUAUGCAGAUGGUUUAUGGUAUGUGUGCAAUUUCAGUUGCUUACAAUUGGUCCUUCGAAAAGAAAAAAAAAAAAGUACUGGUGCGUUUUUUGUUUUUUCUCAUUCUACACCAGGGCACAUAAUAGAUUAGUGCCUAUUAUUCAUCUUCAAGACUGGCUUGUAUUGUGUGUAUCUUGGCAUGUUGUUGGUAGUGUCAUAUUGUUGUCCAGUUUUUUUUUUUAUUUUUGUUUUCGUUUUUUCUGGGGUAAAGCAAAAACGAAAAUUAAAAACAAAAAAGCAGUUACUGCCUUACUGGGAGAAGGAAAAGAGCAUAGGCAAGAUAUGAUGAAAUGCAGCUACAUUCUACCGACUCAGAGCUCAGGGUUAGGGUCCCUGUUAUUUUAAUCUCCUGCAUAGCAUGGGUGCUGUCUGUUCAUUUUCUCUAACAUAAUGUGAACAAUAGCUGUGGUAUCCUCUUUGGGCAGCUAGACAAGGUACAAGUACAGCUGGCUGUACUCUUCUGCAGCUUCACACCUCAACUACUGCUAACAGCUAGCUAAAAUAGGUCUUCCCAUAGUAAUUCAUUUUUUAAUGUUGUCAUUAUUUUAGUACAGUCUGAGAAAGUGUGAAGUUGGAAACGUAAAGGAGUUGGCCUCCUUGUACCCUCUUACACAUAAAACUCCUCUAAUCAACAAAAGAUAACCAUCAUUCCAUUGUAACUCUUCAAAAUAUUCAUCCAUUUAUAAUUUUGGUUCAAAAGUGUUAUAGACAAUCAUUUUAUAAAGAGUCUCUUCUCCGCAUAUUAGGUGGUUAUGGCUUAAUUUCCUUGGACCAAAUCUGACAAGAAAGCAAGAUGGUCACAGAGUCCAUUCAGCACUCCAUCCACAUUCUAACCAUCGUAUCAAGAACAGGUUUGCAGGGAACCAGUGCCUUUGUUGGCAGAACUGGACAUAAGAUAGAAAUCAACCCUGGGCAAGGUGCCAGUCCCUCUCGGAGCACACUUGCCCAUACCCCCCAUCACUGAUUCACGCACUGGGCCAAUCAGAGUUGUCAUUUAUCUUUACACAUGUAGGAAACAGGUAGACUUUUGCUAAAAUUAAACAUGUUUUAAUUUGCACAAUUUUACCUAAACUGUUUUACAGAAUGCUUUUUAAUGUGCAUAUUCUUUGAACUUAUUUUAAAGAUUUUUUUAAGACAGAGGCUAUGAAGUACCACUUCUGUUUUAGUGCAUUUCUGAAUACGCUCUUUAUGUGUAAAUGCAUAUGCUUGAAAGAUAAAUAACUCCUUAAUAUGAUAAGCUAAGGGCAGUCGUAUUCUUGAAUUAGUUUUCCAAACAUUUAAAGUACAUUUGUUUUGUAAAUUUACAGAAUGUACUGUAUGUGCCGUGGAAUUUAGUAAUUUCCAUUAUUCACCUACAGUUUUACUUUGCCAUCUUUACAUUGUUUCGAUGCCAGAAAUAAAAUCAGAAAGCUUAACCAUUUACUUGAUUGUAAAUAGCAAAAAUUACUGGAUUUGAUGCAAAGCUACAGUGAAAGGGAACCUUCAAAUGUCUCUGAUAAGCUGCAAAAAAGAGGUGAGGAAGGACAGUGUUUCUCAUUCAUAUUUGUUUAAAUGUGUUUCUUUGUAGGAUUUUCCCUGCAUUAUUAAAUAUGUGGACAAGCCUAAGAAAAUUUGCUGUUUUAGGAGUCAAUCUGGUUUGUCAUCUUCUUUGGGCUCGUUCAUCGAUCUUUGUGGCAACAGCAUCUAUCAACUUCAAAUUUCAUCUUUUAUGAGCAGUUGUACAAACUUGAAAGUUUUUCAUCCGGUGAUUUCCCUUUAUGGGGUUUUCUUUUUAGUUUAUUUUAUCAUGAUUAUUAUUAAGUCAUAAUUACUUUAAAUAUUCACAAUAGGACUAACAAGUUCACUACUUGCAAACAAACUGGCUUGAGGCUUAGCUGCAAGUGCCAUCUUUCUGGCUUGUAUAGGCCUGAUGGUCUACUGUUAAUCUGCAAAUAGAGAGACAUUCCCACCAGUGAUUGAAGGUCCAUGCCUCAGGUGACAGUGAAACCAGUUUGCUGAAGAUUUACAGCCUCAUCCUAGCUUUUCACUGACUCCCAAUUCUCAUUUUUAAAAACUUGAAGUUUUCUAAGCAGUGCAAAAGAAUAAAAAAAAAAGGUUGAUGACAGUGUUGUAAUAUUUAUUCCGUUUACAUGUUGUCUCUCUAUUUACUAUGUUUGUAGUCCUUUUCUGUUACAUACUUGUUGAAUAAUCCAAAGGUCCAAUAUUUUGGAGUCAAAUAUUUCAGAUUUAUUUAUUUUACAUUUCAUGGUUAUCAUUGUUCCUUUUUUUUACCUCUUAAGUUAUAUAUAUGUAAAAGGCAAAAUUUUGAUAUUGCAAGCAAUCUAAAGAUAUUAGCAUAUAAAUAUAUCCAUCUAAGGUUUUCUGUUAUCAAGCCCUUUCAGUUUAAUUUUGUAAACAAAACAGCUGAAGUUUUACCUUCAGUGUAAUGCUGCAAUUAUUUUUGAAAGCAUUAAGUUGUUCUUCAGUCAUUACAUGAAUUUGUUCACAACUGUCUGAGAGCAGGAACUUUCUUUUAGUUUGUAUCAUUCCUUUAAAAAUGCAUGUUUUAGCACAUAUUGACUUUAUUAUUCAAAAAUUGAGGGCAAGUUGAAAGACAGAUGAGCAACUUUUUUUGUUAUUAUUUUUAUUUUUUAUUUUAUUUUUUUUUAACACCACGGGUGCAAUAAAAAGCACUCAAGGUGCUGCCUUUGUGGGCUAUGUGCUAUUAUGUACCCCCAAGCCUGCUAAGACAGGGAGUUUCUACAGGCACCUUGAAGCGCUUUCUAAGGUAAUCAAAUAUAGUGACAUCAAUUGUGCAUAUUUUCAUACAGAAAUGUAAAUAUAUGCUAAGGAUAAAAAAAAAAUCUUAAAAAUAAUAAUUUACUGUACCUUAAGAAACUGUUUUGCAAUGUGGGGUUAAAAGUAGAUAGAGGUAUAUACUGUAUGUGUUAUUAAAAAAAAAUGAUUUUAAAAAGAAAGACCUAAACUCAGACAGCAGCUGUAUUUGCUCAUUUUAAUUUCUGUAUUAUGUGCUUGGCCUCACAAUGAGCCAUCUGUGGGGUCUUUUAGGCACUCCAAGUGGCAGGAUCCAGGUAAACGUCUGUCAUAGACUGAUAGUAAAUUAUAGAGGCUCAAUCUAUAUAGAUUUGAAUUCAGCUUCAUGGUUUACAUGCUGUUUCAAGUUACUUUGUUGGAAAAGCAACUGUAAUUCCAUGUGGACCAAUCACAACACCCAGAGUCUGACAUGUGAUCUUUUAUUGUGCAAUAAAAGAUGACUUUCAACUUUUA